AAGCUGGGAAAAAGAUGAAUAUCUGAAUAGAAGACUGGAUACAGGAAAAUAUCUUCAAAGUAUGGUUAGGGCAGGUUUUACAGGUUUAGAGGAUGAAAUAAACAUAUUUGAUGAUAACUACAACGAUAUCAUGGGAGAUCAGACCAGUCAAGAUCAACAGAGUAUUAGUAUAGAUCAACAGAGUAUUAGUAUAGAUCAACAGAGUAUUAGUAUAGAUCAACAGGUUGAACAAAGUAUCAUUAUACCUGAAAAGAGUGGAAAUAAAGCUGAACAGAGGGGAUAUUAUUUGGCUGAAAAAAGUGCACAACAUGAGAUACAGAGUACGCAUGUAAAUGAACAGAGUGGGAGAAUGGCUGAACUGAGUGGGAAUGUAGCUGAACAAAGUGAGAAUGAAACUGAACAGAGUGGGAAUAAAGUUGAACAUAGUGGGAAUAUGGUUGAACCAGGUGGAAAUGUAGCUGUACAGAGUGGUAAUGUAGAAGAACAAGAUGGAAAUACAACUGAACAGGAUGAAAAUAUAGUUGAACAGAGUGGAUAUAAAGCUGAACAGAGUGGAAAUAAAGCUGAACAGAGUGGGAAUAUGAUUGAACUAAGUGGAAAUAUAGCUAAACAGAGUAAAAAUGUAGCAGAGCAGAAUGGAAAUAAAACUACUGAGCAAGAUGAACAGGAUUUGAAUGAAACUGAACCAGGAAAAAAUAAGAUACAGAAUAAAAAUGAAAAAGAUGUCAAACAUUUUGAAGAAAUCUUGCCACCAGGUCCUCCAUCAAGUUCAUUCUCCUCCUCAUUAUAUUCAACCACAUCCUCUUAUUCUAUCAUUUCAUCCACUGUGCUGGGCUCCUCAAGCUCUACAAACCUGAUAGGAACAGACACUGGUCUUAAUCAGGAGGAGGGGACGGAUAGAAAAGAGGAAAAGGACAAACUAGAGAAAGUAAAGGAAGAGAAUGAAGGUCUAGACGAAUUAGAGCGUGAUAAGGUAGGAAUUAAAGACGUUGAUGUUGAACAGUUUCUGGAAGAAAACGCUAUGAGAAAACAACAUCUACAGGAGCAGUGCGCUAAGGUUACGUCAGGACAGAUAACAAAUAAAAUGGCAGCUCUCGUAAAUUCUACAAAUGCGCAGACCCACAUGUUCACAUUAUAUCCGGAGAAAAGAAUUGCAUGGUGCAGAACUCCGAAGAUUGGUACAACCACGUGGUCUAAAAUAUUUCUCCAGCUUUAUAAAACUGAUCCUAUGAACACAAAGUCGCUUCAUAACACGAUGAAAAAGAUUGAAAAGAAAUUAAUAUCUCGGUCUGGGAAAACCAGUGUUGUACUCUCCCUUCGAUCCAAUCAAACCAGAAAAUAUAAAAGCAUUAUAGCAGCCCGGCAUCCAUUUGAUAGAUUAUAUUCAGCAUUCAAGGAUAAAAUAUUGGGAAGAAGAAUAAGAAUGUAUGGAGUGAAUGAUAUGAGGAAGAAACCAAAGUUUUCUGACUUUAUUAAGAAAGUUGUGAACUUUAAAGGUCGUUUUAACAGGCAUUGGCGACCUAACUGGAUGAUCUGUAAUCCUUGUGUUUAUGAAUUUGAUUAUAUUCUCAAAAUGGAAUCCUUCUCAACGGACUCAGCAGCAGUACUUAAACAGCUGGGUGUAGGAGAAGUAUCUGAGAUUGAUAAAAUGAAUACUGUUGCUAAUAUCAAAAGGAACCCUCUCAACUACACACAACUACUCGAAAAUGUAAGUUCGCAGGAUCUAGGAAAAUUGCUUGAUCUUUAUUAUCUUGACUUCAUACUAUUUGGAUAUGAUAUCCAGGAGUUUUUAAACCUAAAACACGCUAAGAAAGAGAAAGAAGAGAGAGAAGAGAAAGGCAAAGAACGUAUAUAUGUUAAAUCUGAAUAAUUAAUAUUCUCAGUUAUAUUAACUAUUUACCAGUUGUAGUAUCAGUUAUAUUAACUAAUAGCUGAAUUGCCCGGUGUUGCCCGUGGAAUUUUAAUAACUUUUUUUUUUAAAUUUGAAGGAAAAAAAUCUAGUUUAAAAAAUUUGAAUGUUGAAAAAAGUAAUUUCUAUUUUUUUAGCCUAUGUUACCCCCACGGUAACCCUGUUCCCUAAAAAAUUUCAGCUAAUAUGGUUUUGCUCAUAUGAACCUAUAUAGAUUAAAUUAUCAGUAAGAUACACUGGUAUAUUAUCAGUUAAUAUUACACUUAUUCGAGAUUUAUGUUAAAUCAUGAAAUAUAUGAUACACUUUACAAACUUUUACUGU